AUGGCAUUAUGGUGCAUGUCAGUUCUUCUGAUUCUUGGGUUCCUAUCAAAAUUUGACCUUGGUGAAGCUCAGCUAAGCGAUGAAGCUGCAUUGUUAGCCAUUAAAAGAGAGUUUGGAGUUCCAGGAUGGGGUAGCAAUGGCACAGACUAUUGUACUUGGGAUAGGCUCAAGUGUGGUGGUGCCAACAACUCUUUUGUUGAAAUGCUUGAUCUCUCAGGGCUUCAGCUUAGAGAAGCUUAA